CUUACUGGUGUACACAUUUUACGAUUUUACUAUUCAAAUUUUUAAUAUAAAAUUCAAACGAUUUCUCUGUCAAACGUGAUGUUUUUUCCAAUCUUUAACUUUUGUAGUUGCUGUCAAUUGAAUAUAUAAUUUAAAAUUUUUACAUUAUGAAGGUAGUCGUUCAACGUGUUUUAAGAGCUAAAGUUUCAGUUGAUGGAAAGGAAGUAAAUUCAAUAACUAAAGGCUUAUGUUUGUUAGUUGGUUUGCAGAAAACUGACAAAAAAAAUGAUAUUGAUGCUAUGGUGCAGAAGAUAUUGAAGCUACGUCUUUUCAAUCAAGAUGAAAAAAAAUGGCAUUGUAAUGUAAUGGAUAUGAGUUAUGAAAUAUUGUCAAUUAGUCAGUUUACUCUAUGCUAUAAACUUAAAGGAAACAAAUUAGAUUUUCAUAUGGCUAUGCCUGGAGAUCUGGCUAAGCAAAAUUAUCAAUAUUUUUUAGAAACUUUACGUAAACAUUAUAACCUAAGCAAAAUUAAAGAUGGAGCAUUCGGGGAAAUGAUGGAAGUUGAAAUAGUGAAUGAUGGACCAGUAACUGUUCAAUUAGAAUUUCCCAAUCCUGAAAAAUGUGUUGAUGGAAAAUCUGAUAAAUUGAGCGAUAUGGAUAAACUAUAGAUUAAAAAAUAUUUUUUUCUUAAUUAAUAAAGUAUAAGUACCUAUUAUGUACCAUUACACACAUGUAUAGUGUUUAAUUAUAAUAAAAUAAAAACUGCUAACCCAAUA